CACGACAAUGACCGCCAUCGACCUCUCCGCGCGCCACAGACAAGACGCAGACCUCGAGCCCGCCGAGCUCAUCAGGUCCGGUAAAACCCCGCCUGCCUUCGGACACGACAUGCUCUCCAUGUUCAUGAUCGACCCCAACUACACCGCUUUGAACAACGGCGCAUACGGCACCCUCCCGCGCCCCGUCCGCGUCGCAUGCGACGCGCUCACCGACCGCAUCGAGGCGAGCCCGGACCGGUUCAUCAAGCUCGACAUGGCGGGCAUGCUCGCGGACGCGCGGCGGCGCGUCGCGGAGUUUGUGAAUGUGGGGCACGACGAGCUCGUGCUCGUCCCGAACACGUCGCAUGGCGUCGCGACGGUUUUGCGGAGCUUUGAGUGGGAGGAGGGGGAUGUGUUGAUUGGAGCGACGACGACGUACGGCUCGAUCACGCAGACGCUCAAGUAUCUCAGCGACACGCCCCCGCACCCGCGCGUCGAGACGUUUGCGCUGCACUUCCCUACAUCGCACGCGCAGAUCCUCGCAGACUGGCGCGCCUUUCUCGCGCGCGUCACCGCCGCGCACCCGCUCACCGCCAACGCCAACGCCAACGCCACCGCCAACGCCACCGCCAACGCCAACGCCAACUCCACCGGCAGCCCACCACCCACGCCGACGCAAAAGGGGUACAAACGCGGCCAGCGCAAGAUCCUCGCCGUGAUCGACGCGCUCGUGUCCAACCCCGGCGCGCUCCUCCCGUGGACGGAGAUGGUCGCGGCGUGCGCCGCGCACGGUGUGUGGUCGCUCGUCGAUGGGGCGCAUUCGCUCGGGCAGGAGGUGGGGCUGGAUCUGGGGGGUGUGAGCGCGGGGCCGGAUUUUUGGUUGUCGAACUGCCACAAGUGGCUCUCGGCGAAGCGGGGGUGCGCGGCGAUGUAUGUGCCGCGGAGGAACCAGCACGUUGUGCGCUCGCCGAUUCCGACGCCGGUCACGUACAAGUCGCCGCUGGACGAGGGGUACGCAGGCCCGCAGGACUUUGCGCUCAUGUUUGAAUGGACUGGUACGAUCGACUAUGUGCCCCUCCUGAGCGUCGUCCCGGCCCUCGAGUUCCGCCGCUGGCUCGGCGGCGAACAGCGCAUCAACGCGUACUGCCGCGCGCUCGCCCUGCGCGGCGGCGCGCUCCUCGCGCACGAGCUCGGCACGUCCGUUCUCCGCUCCACUUCAUCGUCCCCAAACGACGCAGAAGACGAGUUCACGCUCAACAUGGUGAACGUGGCGCUGCCGAUCGACGGGGACAUCGCGGACUCGGCGGCGAUCACGGGUGUGUUUUUCGACACGAUGAUUGCGGAGCGCGGGGUGUAUGCUGCGCAGUUUCGGCAUAAUGGGCGGUGGUGGGUGCGGGCGAGCGCGCAGAUUUGGAAUGAGGAAUCGGACUUUGUCAAGCUUGCAAGGGCGCUGCAGAUCGCGAGCGAUAGGGUGCAGAAGCUCGCGGGGCGCGGGGCGCAUGUGCGGAAUAAGCUGUGAGCGGGGUUUAGAUGAGGCUUGUGUUCAUGUCGGUCGUACGUCGUGGUUUUCGCUGCUUUACUGUGAAUGUGGAAUUAGAUUAGCUGGAGGAAUAUCCUGUAAACGUCAGUCAGUUUACUUGUAUGACAACUUGGAGGC